UAUUUCUCCUCUCUGGUGGUCGGGGCUAGUUGCAGCUGCUGCUGUGCUGUGUUUGGGGUAAAGUUUGCUGAUUAAAGUCAGUGAGGAGGCUAAAGAGUGAGCUGUGUGUGGGGAGAGUCUUCUGUAGAGCUGUGGGGUGAAGGAAUGAGUUUGUAACCUGUCUGUGCAGUGUUCAUUAAGCUGUGUGUGGGUCUGCAGAUCUGCAAAUAUAACUGCUGGUGUUGGGUCCAAUGUUGCUACCCUGUCAAAACGUGCUCCCAGUGUAUAAUGUGUAUUCAUAGGUAAAUCUGAUUGACUAGUAGUUUAUUCAGAUUGGUUGAAAACAUGAUUUAAUGUAAGUGAAGUUUGGUAGGUUAGGUAGAAGAUAUGUGGAUAUAGGCUAACUAGCCUGUAUAGUACACAGUAUAGCAAUUAUAAGGGUAUAUACGGUGUAUUUAUGUAUUUGAAUAGCCAUUAAAACUCGUGUGAGACUCAAACAACCAAUAACAGUAAGUCUAGACUGUAAAACACACUGUAUGAGCAGAUUUAUCUCGAAAAACACAUGAAAACGUAAAAAAGGCACAAAAAAUUUUCAGCGCAUGCGCAGUAGUGAUUGUCACAUGUCACAUGUGGCAUUUUUCUGAGUCGGUUCUUUUGGCUCGGCUCACUAAAAAAGGGCCGGCUCUUUCAACUCCCAACUGGCUCCGCAGAUUUAUUAUUUGCUUAAAUUAAUCUAUUACCGAUUUAUGUGUAAAAUAAAUCACUUUGACAGUACCUAUCAAAAGUUUGGACACACCGCUUCUCAUUCUAUGUGUUUUCUUUCUUUUUAUAAUUUAUUUUUACGUAGUAAAUUUAAUAUCAAAUACAUUAAAGCUAUACAGGAACAAAUGCAGGAUUAUUUGAAAAAGAGUGCCUUACACUAGCAUAUAGGACGUACGCUACCCGUGUACCAACACUCAACCCCGAGGUCCAGAAGAAGGAUGGAGGAAGAGGAGGAACAUGCCGAGCCUCUUUCGGCAGAAGACUACGCUGCCGAGGCCUUGGCCGCAGACAUGGACCCGUGGAUCAUAUUUGAUGCCCGCAAAACGCCUAGAGCCGAAUUCUACAGCUGGCUGGAGUCUAACAGGCCCUCCCAGGUGAGCCGUUUUGGAGACGAAGAAGGUGGUUUGGGCCCUGUGGGCUGGAUCUCAGUGUUGGGUCCAGAUCAUGGUCCGGAGUACCCGGACGUGACUGGUCUUCAAGAAAGCUGGGAAAAGCUCCUGGCCAGUGGGCGCCAAGUCACUUUCCAGACCAUAAAGGAGCUGGCAUUGAACCACAAUGUGCUCACAGGCAAAUGGCUCAUACACAUGGACACCGGCUUCAAGGUGGACCGUGCCUGGGAAUGCAUAGCCAAAGCCGUGCUAGAUGGGAAAAUCUCCUCAGCCAAAGUGAGCCCACGAGAUGCGAACUCUGAAGCCAAGCAUGUCAUUUGCGCCUACAACAACAACUUUGCAGACGAGGAGCAGGUCAUGCAGCUGGACGCGGCCAUAAGGGCUGCUGGGGUCAAGUGCUCACUCUCUUACAAGCCAGACGUCUACACUUACCUGGGAAUAUACCGAAAUAACAAGUGGAAGCUGUGCCCAACCAUCUACGAGAGCAAGUUUGAUUUAGAGUGCGUGCCCAGGCGCUCACACAUCAUCAAUAAAGUCACCAACCUGGAGGUUACAUAAGGUGCAUUGAGUUAGUUUGCCUUACUCUUUAAUGGAAUAGUGCAGUGGCUUUUAACAUGACCUCUGUUUACAAUAUUGUAUGUAAUGUAUAGCCAGAUGCCACAGGCAGCAGUUUAAAGACUUACCAUAGCAGCCUGUUGGCACCUGCUGAAGCAAAGCUGUAUUGAACAGAUGUAAUGCCAGAGGUUUGGUUAGAAAACACCAGACUGUUCCUUUAAUGGGGAGAUAAAUGUCCACUUCGGUCUGGAUGGGUGAAAACCAACCAUGCUUGGACUGUGGUUACCUAUCCAUAGAUUCAGUAUUCAUAGAGUGAAUACAGAGGGGAGCAAGAUGCAUUUGCGUAUGGAAAUAAAAGACUGAAGAUGCCUUUAAGUAUAGUGAAAAUCAACUGUAUUCUGUUUUACUUUUAAAUAGCUCCUCAGCUGUUUUUUGUUUUCUCGGGUUUGUACCCUGUGCUGCGUUUAUAGCGCAAUUUUGUUUUAAAAGGCUGUACUUAACUUACCAACUCUUCUCACUAAUCUUUGAUUGCUACUGUGCUAAAACAAACCUGUAAUUUUGUUUAUGCUGAUAUUGUAAGGAACAGCAGCGUGCAUUUUGCUUUUUGUAUCACUAACCUGCUGUUUACAGAUGACGGAACUGAUUUUGUUCUGUACAGUAAACUGUACUGUACACAGUUACUGUACACAAAAAAAAGUCACCGACGCUAGUUAUGUUUACACUAAAGGGCUGCGAAAAAUUUACUUUUGGAAAAUUAACUGGUUUAUUUUAACUAUUUAGUUUGUUUUAUACGUAUUAGAGUAAGUGUGUAAACAUGCCAGAUAAAAUAAAAAUAA